AUGCUGGAACUUACUCUUGGGCUGCGGAAGUUCCGCUUUCAAGGGCCUCGGAGAGCGAAGCUGGACCACGAGCUGCGCUCCAUCUGGGACUGCGUGACAUGCGAUGCAAGAGUCGGAACGGACCUCACAUUGUACAAUGCCUAUCCUUUCCGCGACCUCGAGAACACUAGCCUCCCAUUCCGCUGCUACAGCGAGUCGAUCCUGCAUGUCCCGAUCCUCAAGAUUGACGAUGCAAUGCGCAUCUGCGAGGUUCUCAACGACUGUCCCGGCGACGGCUUGACCGAGAAACCUUGUCGAAUGUGUGCAUUUGGAUGGGCCAACUUCUUCCUGGUAGCUGUUAACUGGAUGCGUGGAACAGUGAUGGACGCAUCACUUGGCAAUUUGCAAAGGUUGCGAAAUGCUAGUUUGUAUCCUCCUUCUGCGCCACAGAUGAAUAAACCUAUCUGGCGGAUUCCGCAAACCUAUGAGCCUUUGCCGACCUUCGCGGGGUGGGACCUGGACUGGAAGGAUGGCCCAGUUAAGGCUACUGUUGUUACCUUUACUUCGACCUCAGUUCGCGUCAUCCAAGCAGGCUGUCUCCCGUCCUUAUCCCCAACCGUCACUGAACAGCCACCUCUCUUUAUUGGGGAGGGAUUGACAGGCUACAAUAUAGAUAUAGAUAUUGCUCGGAGUAUCGUUCGGUGGAUCAUAUGUCCUGGCGAACCGCUGCUUCCGUCUAACGACAUGUUGCCCUCGUUUUCUAAGAGCAGGGCCAUGCUUGCGUCUCCCAAGGCCGACAGGUGCCGCAUAUUUAGCGAUGGCUCUGGCACUUCCGAAGACUGA